CACUAGUUGUCUUGCAAUAAUCCUAGGAAGAGCAAUAUGGGUCAAUCCAGUUUUCUAAUGACUUUAUUCACACUUUCUCUGGGUGUUAUUGUGUUCUCGGGCAGCGUCUCUGCUCAACUCAAACAGAAUUACUACGCAAACAUCUGCCCCGACGUCGAGAACAUUGUUCGACAAGCCGUCACCGCGAAAUUCAAACAGACCUUUGUUACUGUUCCCGCAACUCUCCGUCUCUACUUUCAUGAUUGCUUUGUUUCGGGUUGUGAUGCAUCCGUGAUAAUCGCGUCGACUCCGGGGAAUACAGCCGAAAAGGAUCAUCCGGACAAUUUAUCCCUGGCUGGCGACGGGUUCGACACCGUGAUUAAAGCUAAAGCAGCGGUGGACGCUGUCCCGAGGUGUAGAAACAAGGUGUCCUGUGCGGAUAUUCUUGCAUUGGCCACCCGCGAUGUCAUUAACCUGGCUGGCGGGCCUUCAUAUCCAGUGGAACUGGGGAGACUGGAUGGAUUGAAGUCGACAGCGGCAAGUGUAAAUGGGAAUCUGCCUCAGCCAACCUUCAAUUUGGAUCAGCUGAACAAAAUGUUUGCUUCAAGAGGCCUAUCUCAGGCUGACAUGAUUGCUCUCUCAGCGGGCCACACUUUGGGUUUCUCCCAUUGCAGCAAAUUUUCGAACAGGAUAUACAAUUUCAGCCGCCAGAACCCGGUGGAUCCGACCCUAAAUAAGCAGUACGCGACCCAACUGCAGGGAAUGUGCCCAAUAAAUGUGGAUCCGAGAAUAGCCAUCGAUAUGGACCCGACCACGCCCAGGAAAUUCGACAACGCAUACUUCAAGAAUCUCGUCCAAGGCAAGGGCUUGUUCACCUCGGACCAAGUUCUCUUUACGGACACAAGAUCCAGAAACACUGUUAAUACAUGGGCCUCCAACCCGCAAGCCUUUAAUGCUGCCUUCAUCCAGGCCAUCACUAAGUUAGGCCGGGUCGGAGUCAAGACCGCAAGAAAUGGAAAUAUCCGUUUUGACUGCGGGAGAUUUAAUUAAGAAGUGAAGAGUGAAAGUUUGGAAAGAGAAACUGAUAAGAAUAAUACAUAUAUACAUAUAUAUACAGUGCUGCCCUUAACCAUGGUUGGCGAUUUUUGGGUUUAUUUCUUUCUUUGUGACAUGCAAAUCGGGACCUUACAGGGUUAAAGAAAUUUCAUUAAAUUCAUUUUC